AUGCUGCGAACGAACGUGAUCAGCAACGUUCUUCGUGGCAUCUUUUCCGCCGUUGCGUUGGGUGCGACAGGCAAAAUCAUGGUGAUGAUUGUGGGAGUCAACGACCGCCGCAAAAGAGAGAAGACACGCUUUAGGACCCAUAGUAUGAGCAUGGGUGCCGUGGUCCUUUUCGUUUUUGCAUUCGGUACGACAUGCAAGAUCAUGGUCAUGAUCGUGGGAGUCAGCGAACUCCGCAAGAGAGAGAAGGCACGCUUUAGGACCGUCUCGGCCUCACGAUCGAUCGCAGCAGCAUUCCACCACACAGCUAGAGGCCAGCCAGCAGAUCACGAGAGGACGAAGCCUAAUCCCACCAGUUCGUUGCUAGCGAAGCUAGCAGUGAAGCUCAUUUCCCUCCUCUCUGCGUUCCACAGAAGCGGAAAGGCCCCAGCUCCAGUCCCAGCUCAAGCUCUAGCCGCAACGCCAAGAUCCAACGCCCAUAGUAUGAGUAUGGGUCCAUCCGGCUCACCUAAGGGUCCCUUUACAACCGACCGUCAGAGCAAGGCCGAAUGCCAAAGGCAUACGAUCGGCGAUCAAGAGCUUGCACAUCUCGACCAGGAAGUCGAUGCUCGUACUGGCGAAGUCACGCUCGCCUUCACAGACAUCAAGAACAGCACAACCAGCUCGCCCGAUGUCAAAGCGCAAGAACAACACUGGCGUGACGAGAUCACGGAUAAGAGCUUGGGGACUCGGGCGCGGCACACCGCUGCUGCAGCCGCUGGGCAGCAAACAGCCUCUGGCGACCGCGACUUCCACCAAGCACGCAAGGACGACGCUGUGCCGCUGUCGAAGAUCGGAUGGGGUUUGCUUACCCAGUCACGUCAGGCGAUGGACACUGGACAAAUGACGGACAAGAUGAUCCAUAUGACAGACCUCUGA